CGGUUCAAAGAUCCAGUCAUUGCAAGAACAGGUGAACUACUUGUCUGAGGGACAGAUCAGCAAUGAAGACAAAUACACGCGAGUUAAACAAGAAAACGCUAACCUAUUGACUAAAAUUCACACAUUGGAGGAACAGCUCAGAGAUAUUGAGAUCCAAAGCGACGAUCGACAUAACGAAGAGGAGAGACGUUAUAAGGAUGUGAUGGCAAGACAUGAUCGGGAAAAAUCUCAAGA